CGAGUACACCAUCCCAAUGUGACAUACAUCUUGUCAGUGGAUGGCCGCGUUACCCGUAGCGUGUACACCACAUACAUCUGCAAGUCUGACCCGGUCCAGUACGAGCUGAGCCAUUACCUGUUUGACGAGUACGAUGUGGAUGGGGACCACUUUCUGGACUACCACGACUACGACAACUUCUACAACAAGAUGGAUACCAGCGCUGACGGACUCGUGGUUAAAACGGAAUUCGUGAACUAUUGGGUUCUACUUUUCCAGAAGUACGAAAACAGUGAUAUCCACCCAAUGAGCACGCUCUGCCGCUAAAAUUACCGUCGAACACAUUCACGAACGUAAUAAUGGUGUUUAUUUGUGAAUAAAUCGUAAAAGACGA